GUUGUACCUGAGUAAUUGAUACUUCUUUACAAAAUAUGCCUUUUUGAUGCAGGAAGCUAGUUUGUGUAUUUCUUGAAGUGCUUUUAGAGAUCUUGUUACGUUUCCUUCGUGAAUAGCUCUGCCAUGGCAACAUCUAAAUCCCAUCAAUUCCAGCUAGUCGAAGGGAUGGAGCUUCAGAUCACUGUCACUGGGUUGCCAAAUGGGAGCAGUGUAAGGGCUGAGUUUCACCUCAAGAAUUGCACUCGAAUAUGGAUUCUUCAUUGGGGUUGUAUUUACCAAGGAAAUAACUACUGGUUUGUCCCAUCCGAACAUUCCCCGAAGCAAGGUGCAUUGCAGACUCCCUUUGUGAAGAGUGGGAAUGAUUAUGUAGUGAUCCUUGAGUUGCGUGAUCCGAGAGUACGUGCAGUUGAAUUUGUGCUGAAAGAUGGUAACCGUAACAGAUGGUUGAAACAGCACACUGGAAAUUUCCGUGUUGAGAUUCCUUGGAACGAGCUGCAUGCUAUUCAUCGGAUACCAAAGAAUCUGAUAGAAAGCAGAGCAUAUAAGAUAUGGGACCGGAAAGGCCGACCACAAAACUCUGCACGAGAACAACAGAUAGACUAUGACAAUGCAAUAAGAGAGCUCCAAGCUGAGUUGGCUAGAGGAAUGUCUUUAGACGAACUUCAGGCUAACUCUACGUUAAGAGUUGAGAAAGAAGUAACCAGUGAGCCUAAUCAAACAAUGAAGUUGCAUCCACCAUCACAUCGCCGGAAGCAUGAUGUUCAGAAAUGGUUACAGAAAUAUGCAGAACCAACCACCAAAACUGGAAGUGUGAAAAGUUCAGCACUUGUAAAUCUCUUGAAGAGAUCUGUAGGCCAAGAAAAUAUAGUUUCAGAGAGAAGCUUUCAUAUCAGAAAUUACGAAAUCGCGGUUCUCCAGAUAUAUGUUAAGGGCGAUUGUCGCUUAUGGGUUGCCACAAACAUGGCAGGUCCAACAGUUCUUCACUGGGGAGUGGCAAAGUCUUCUGCAGGAGAGUGGUUGACGCCACCACCUGAUGUGUUGCCUGAGAAGUCAAAAAUUGUUCACGGAGCAUGUCAAACACAUUUUACUGAUAUGUCAAGCAGAGAACACUCUUAUCAGUUUGUUGAUAUAAAUUUCAAACGAAGCGGUUUUGUUGGUAUCCAAUUUGUGAUAUGGUCUGGAGGCUACUGGGUAAACAAUAAUGGAGCCAACUUCGCUGUAAACCUGAAAUCAUCAGACAGUACCAGUGGUAAACUUGACGUGGAUGGAAAGUAUAUUCUCAAAUGGUUGCUUGAUGAAAUAUCUGAGCGAGAGAAAGAAGCUGAGAAAUCAUUGAUGCACAGGUUCAAUAUCGCAACAGAGUUGACAGAGCGUUGUAAGGAUGAAGGAGAAGGUGGAUGUAUUGGUAUAAUGGUCUGGAUGAAAUUCAUGGCCACUAGAUAUCUCACCUGGAACAAGAACUAUAACGUUAAACCCAGGGAAAUUAGUGAAGCACUAGAAAGAUUCACCAAUUUGAUGGAGAAAAUAUAUCUGCAGCAACCAAAUAAGAGAGAAAUUGUGAGACUAAUAAUGGCACUUGUGGGUCGUGGAGGUCAAGGUGAUGUUGGGCAGAGAAUCCGUGAUGAAAUCCUUGUGAUUCAGAGAAACAACCACUGCAAAUCUGGAAUGAUGGAAGAGUGGCACCAAAAGUUGCACAACAACAGUAGCGCAGAUGAUGUGAUAAUUUGCGAGGCUCUCUUAAACUAUGUGAGAUCUGACUUUAGGAUCGAUGCCUACUGGCAAACACUAAAGGCCAAUGGUCUCACAAAAGAAAGGCUUGCAAGUUAUGACCGCCCCAUUUUAUCAGAGCCUCGUUUCAGAAGUGAUGCUAAAGAAGGACUCAUCCGUGACCUUACAAUGUACUUGAAAACAUUAAAGGUAGUUCAUUCAGGUGCAGACCUUGAGUCUGCUAUUGAUAUGUUCCUUUCUCCAUCUCAGGGUCAUAAUGUCUUUGCUGCCAAUGGUUUAUCUCCGAAAUUGCAGGAUCUACUGAAUUUGGUUAAGAGGCUUGCUCGCGAAGAGAACGCUGACCCCCUAAUAGAGAAGUUAGUAGAUGCUCGCAUUGAGCUACACCCUGCACUAAGAGCACCUCGUACAAGAGCAAAAGAUUUACUGUUUCUGGACAUUGCACUGGAGUCGUGCUUCAAAACAACAAUAGAGAAGAGACUCAUCUCUUUAAACUUCAAUAACCCACCGGAUAUUAUAUUUGUCAUCAGCGUGGUGCUUGAGAAUCUGUGUUUAUCUACAUUUAACAAUGCGGAAAUUAUCUUCUGUACAAAGGAUUGGUACCGUGUCAGCGAGACUUACAGAGCUCCUGAUGUUCAGUGGGCAUUACAAACAAAAGCGGUUCUUGACCGUUUACAACUAGUUCUUGCUGAUAGAUGUCAGCAUUAUUUAAGAUUGAUACAGCCUAGUGCAAGAUAUCUUGGUCAACUGUUACGUGUUGACAAGCAUGGGAUUGAUGUUUUCACUGAAGAGGUUGUAAGAGCAGGACCAGGAGCUGUUCUAUCAACUCUUGUUAACAGAUUUGAUCCUUGUCUCAGGAAAAUCGCGAAUUUAGGCUGUUGGCAGGUUAUCAGCUCGGCUGAUGCAUAUGGGUUUUUGGUUUGUGUGAAUGAGUUAAUUUUAGUUCAGAAUAAAGUCUACACGAAGCCAACUGUAAUUAUUGCAAGUAAAGUCACAGGAGAAGAGGAGAUCCCUGAUGGUGUUGUUGCUGUUCUGACUCCUUGUAUGAUUGAUGUCUUGUCUCAUGUCUCUAUUAGAGCAAGAAACAGCAAGAUAUGCUUUGCUACAUGCUUCGAUCAGAAUGUUCUCAGGAAUCUGAAGUCCAAGGAAGGGAGAGCAAUAUCUAUUCAUACAAAGUCCACUGGUUUAGUUAUCAGCAGCGAUUGCAGCAACUCUGAUGUCCCUGUUCGUCAUAUUUAUAUUUCUUCUGUUCCACGGGGAGUGAUCUCCAAGGGGAAGAAGUUUUUUGGCAACUAUAUGAUUUCAUCUAAGGAAUUCACUGAUGAAAGGGUUGGUUCAAAAUCAUGUAAUAUAAAAUUUCUACGAGAGAGAGUUCCAUCAUGGAUCAAGAUACCUACCUCCGUCGCACUUCCGUUUGGAACAUUUGAGUAUGCACUUUCAGAUGAUUCCAAUAAGGAUGUAGCACGCAAGAUUUCUGUCCUUAAAGAUUCUCUUAACAGAGGAGAAAUGACCAAACUCAAGGCGAUUCAAGAAGCUGUUUUACAAAUGAGCGCUCCAAUGGCUCUGAGAAAUGAACUGAUCCACAAAUUGAGAAGUGAAAGAUUGCCGUAUCUCGGAGAUGAAGCAGGCUGGAACAAAUCUUGGACUGCAAUCAAGAAGGUCUGGGCUUCAAAGUGGAACGAGAGAGCUUAUGUAAGUUGCAAAAAAACUAAGCUUGAUCAUGAUGCCGUCUGCAUGGCGGUGCUGAUUCAAGAAGUCAUAUGUGGCGAUUAUGCUUUCGUCAUUCACACAAACAAUCCUGUCUCUGGUGACUCCUCUGAAAUAUACACAGAGAUUGUGAAAGGUUUGGGAGAGACCUUGGUUGGAGCAUAUCCGGGACGAGCAAUGAGCUUCAUCACCAAGAAAACAAACCUCAAAUCUCCAAUCGUGAUCAACUACCCAAGUAAGAGGAUAGGUCUGUAUUCUAAACUCUCAAUCAUAUUCCGAUCAGAUUCAAACAACGAGGAUCUUGAAGGCUACGCAGGCGCUGGACUUUACGACAGUGUGAUGAUGGAUGAAGCGGAGGAAGUAGUGGUGGAUUACUCAAGGGAACAGUUAAUAGUGGACAAAGCCUUUCAAGUGCGUCUCUUCUCGGCCAUUGCAGAAGCUGGAAAUGUGAUUGAAACACUCUAUGGUUGUCCUCAGGACAUCGAAGGUGUUGUCAAAGGUGGCAAUAUUUACGUUGUUCAAGCUAGACCCCAACUUUAAGCUCAUACUAUCUCUUCUUUUCUUCUUGUUUUCCCCAUUUUCACCCUAUCUAUUUCUAUACCAUUCCCUAGUUUUCAAACAAAUCUUAUAAUACAGAGUUUAUGUUGCUUAUUACAGAGUUUCCUCGAAGUGUUUUCGAGGAGAUUUUUUUACGACUUCCUCACCAGUACAUGGUUCGAA